UAAGAACUGUCCUAUUUGCGUUUGCAUCUCUUUCUCUCAACCCUUUCAAAGUAAGAGACACAGAUUCACUUUCAUUCCCAAAAUCAUCACCCCCUUCAACUCAACGCAGCAUAAGAUGUUCAAAAAAUUUUCGUCUGAAGAGGUGUCUGCACAGAAUCAAGUGAAGGCUUCUGUUCAACGAAGAAUCAGGCAAAGUAUUGCAGAUGAGUACCCAGGACUUGAACCAGUUUUGGAUGAUAUACUUCCCAAGAAAUCCCCUCUUAUAGUUGCUAAAUGUCAGAACCAUCUCAAUCUCGUUGUGGUGAACAAUGUGCCUUUGUUUUUCAGCGUUCGUGAUGGCCCUUACAUGCCUACCUUGCGACUUCUCCAUCAAUAUCCAGAUAUAAUGAAGAAAUUACAAGUUGACCGUGGUGCAAUAAGAUUUGUUUUGGCUGGUGCAAACAUAAUGUGUCCCGGUCUUACAUCUCCUGGGGGUGUUUUGGAUGAGGAAGUGGGGGCAGAAUGUCCUGUGGCUAUCAUGGCUGAAGGAAAACAGCAUGCCCUUGCCAUCGGAUUUACAAAAAUGUCAGCAAAAGACAUAAAAGCAAUCAACAAGGGAAUUGGGGUCGACAACUUGCAUUAUCUCAAUGAUGGUCUUUGGAAGAUGGAGAAAUUUGAUUGAAGAUGUUGCAACUUGCAAGAGCUGCAAUGCCAACUUAGGGAUGCAGUCCUGUUUUCUGGAACUUGAUCCAGAUUUUAGGGAUCAUAAGCGAACCUCGUGGUUUAUUUAUUAUACUCGUGUAAACAGUAAAGAAAGUUUUGUUCAAAAGUCGCUCUCUUAGAUAUUUAUGUAGAUUUUAUGUAACUUGUUGAAUACACUGGGUGUUGACAAAUACAAGGUUUUGUUCGGUUCUGUGCUCCAGUCUAUUGUUAGAACCACACAAAAAAGUUUACUCAAACAAGGUGAUGCUGUUAGAUCUUUCUUCCA